UUUCAUCACUUCCUGAUGAUAUUCUUUACAUUAUUAAAAAAGAUUUAGAUUUCUUAUCAACAAUAUCAUUAAGAUGCGCGUGUCGUCAAUUAUAUGCAAUAUUUACUGAUUCUAUCUUAUUUUCGGAAAUUAUCCUCCUUUCAAAUAUUAAUCAACAACAAUUUAACAAUUUAAUAAAUUAUAUUGUUUCAAAUAAUAUGAAUCAAUAUAUUCGAAAAGUAUCAUUUAAUCAAUCGCAAAUAACUGAACAAGCGAUUGUAUCUGUAUUGGAACAUUUUUAUAAUUUACAAAUUUUAAAUAUUUUGGCUUGUAAACAAGUUAAAAUAUUACCAAUAACAAAUGCAAUGGUAAAAUGGCAUCAAGAUAAAUCAGGAAAUUCCCCUGAUUUAAAAGAAUUAAAGAAGAUUAUUUUAACAAGAUGUAUUGGAGGAAAAAGACAUUCUUUAAUUAUUAAAAAAGUUAUUGAAGAUUUACGUAAAUUAAAAUGUGAUGAUGAUGAAGAUAUUACUCAAAAUAAUAGUUUAUAUCUUGGAAUAAAUCAUAAACCAAUUCCAUUAAAGAUCAAUCUUAUUUUAAAUUCUUCUUCAAGAAAAGAUUUUGAUACGAACGAUGAUGGUAUAUUUCAAUUUCAGGAUUGUCAAAAUGAUACCUGUGAAUUCUGUACUAUGUCAUGUGUUAUUUGUAAAACUAAAUAUAAAUAUUGGGAUGAAUUUUGGAUAAAAUGUGGAUGGUGUAAAGAAAGAAAUUUUUGUGGAAAAUGUGUUGUGGAAGCAUCGAAAAAGAAUACUUUUAAGAAUCAUGCUUUUCAAUUCAUGAGAAUAAAAUUAUGUCAAAUUUUUGAUUUACCUUGUCCUUAUUAAAAAAAAGUUUUAUUUAUUUAUAUAUAUAUAUAUAUAUAGAUUAUAUACAUAUAUAUUAGGAACAAUUAUUUCAAAUUCUUUUUCAAAACUUUUUCUCUCUCUUUCUCUCUCUCAUAUUCUUCUUUCUCUCAUUCAUUCAUUCUUUCAUGUAAAUAGUACUUUUUUACCGAAUUUUUGGUUUAUGUUUAUUGUUUUGAUCAGCUGGACAGAUUUAAAAUUAAAUAAAAACGUAUUUAAAAAAAAAAAUUAUUAAAACAUUUUU